UGAGUGUAUAUUUAGUGUACAUUUAGUGUAUAUUUAGCAGCAGUGUGUAUAGGCAGACACAGCUCCAGGCAGCAGCAAUUAUACUCCAAGCUGGACACAUAGAGAGGACUCGGGCGCCCUCUACUGGCCGCUCCGGGUAUUGCACCCCCCGCUGCAGACUGCGGGGACCGCGGGUAUUGAGAGUGGACCCGGAGCCCGGCAGUAUGAACCCGGGGAGCCGCUCCCAUUCGUCCCCGGAGCAAAAAAGCGCUAAACCGGGUGUCACGCGAAGCCACACAUCCUCGGAGGUCGCCAAGUCUGCCGCCCACCCCGAUCCUUCCUCGGAGGCCGCUAACGGCGGCGGCUCCAGCCCAUCGGACCGGUUCGGGGCGCUGAACACGGAGCAGCUCCGGCAGCUGUUACAGGACGAGGGGAAAUUACAGCGUAUUGUCCGGCUGAGCGAGCAGGUGCAAUCGCUUCAAGUGGAGAGGAAAGCUUCUCUGGCUUCUAACUUUGAACUUGCUCAGAAAAACCUCUCCCUUCGCCCGCGUCUGGAAACUGGGAAAGCCAACCUGGCUAUCAAGUAUCAGCUGCUGCGGGAGACGUGCGCGUCCUGUCGAGGGAAGCUACGAAAGAUCCAGUGCCUCUUGCAGGAAUGUAACCCCCACGUUGCACUCAGUCACCUACAGGAGGAGCUACAGAGCACAGAGGCAGAAUGUGAGGCCCUUUCCCAGCUGUUCCUGGAGGGUUCCCUCCCUCUCCUUGUUUUCUUGGAUUCUUAUCACUUGCUUCGGGCUCAGUGUCACAUCCGCAGAAUCCAGAAUGAGAAGCUGCUUGAGCUUUUGGGAGAGACUCUAGACCAGGACACACCUCCUCAAACCCAGGAACUGACUGCUGAACGGGAAUUGCCCCCUCAGUCCAACAAAAUAUCCUCUGACCAGAACAUCCCCCCAAAGCUUCAGGAACUUCCUCCACAGUCCAGGAAACUUCCCCCCAAGCAAGCCUUGCCCCAACCUCAAGCCACCAAAUUGCCAUCCAACCGGGACCCUAAAGUGAAGCCUCGUGAUGUGGCUCCAGGGGGGCAACAGCCUUCCCGACCCCGAGAACUUCCUAUCCAGAUUAGUAAACUUCCCCCUGACCGGAAAUUGCCUUCUAACCCCAAGGAAAAGCCCCACAAUCCAAGAGAUCAGAACCCACAGGCCUGUGCUCAACCCAUUCCUUCCCCUGCUGCUCCCUCACAGAUGCCCCCUGCUUUGUUUCGUCUGCCUCCUUUGCCAUGUGGAAUGUCACCUGCGCUGCUAAUACCAGCAGAGGUGCUCUCUACCUUUCAGGGUCAAUCUGCCCAGUCCCCUAGAUGCCUCCCACCACUGGGGUGUCCUAAUGCUCAGCAGCAACAACAGCCCCCACGGGCCCCUCUGCGCUUCAUUACUCGCAUCUACUUCCUGAGCACUCGGCACCUCAGGGUGCUGUCCAGAGCCCAACGGCAGCAGCAGCAGCACCCUCCGAAGCGAUAA